AUAUACACGCUCCCUCUGUCGAUCGCACUCUAUGUAUGUCAAUCCCCUUAAGAGCUUCUUCAUCUUCCCGCAUUUUUUUUCUUUCAUUUUUUCUUCUUCUUCUUCUUUUUUUCUUGAAUUCUCCGUUGAAUUUCCGAUCUUGGGUCGGUCUUGUUUCGUCCAAAUUCGCCGGAAUCCGGCCGCUCCCGAUGGCCAAAGGCCGGAGACUGACGUCCAGCCGGAGCGAGCGCUUGCUGGGGAGCUACGGCUACGGCCACCACGGCUUCGGGGCCGCCGCCAACGGGAACGACGCCGCCGAGUUCGACGAGGACGAAGUCUGGUCGGCCGCGGACGGUGGCGGGGCGGACGCCAUGCGGGAGGACGGCGGCAUGGAGGGCUCGCAGCUGGGGUGGGCCACGCUCGCCGCCGAGGACGGGGGCGGCGGCGGCGGCGGCGGCGGCGGGGGGAGGCGGAGCCGGACCGCGCGCGGCGGGCUGUCGUUUGCGUUCGAGGACUCCGGGGUCCGGCCGUCGUCGAGGAUCGUGCACCAGUUCCGGGGGAACGACGCGGCGGCGGCGUCCUCGUCGCCGCGCGGCGGGCACGGGCACCACAUGGCCACGUCGGCGCCGGUGAACGUGCCGGACUGGAGCAAGAUAUACCGGGUCGGCUCGGUGGAGUCGAUGCACGACUCGGACGAGGGGCUCGACGACGGCGGCGGCGACGCCGGGAUGGUGCCGCCGCACGAGUACCUGGCCCGGGAGUACGCCCGGAGCCAGAAGUCCGCCGCCACGUCGGUCUUCGAGGGCGUCGGCCGGACGCUGAAGGGGCGGGACAUGCGGCGAAUGCGCGACGCGGUGUGGAGCCAAACCGGGUUCGACGGCUAAUAAUACUCGAUACGACCGCCGCCGCUACCGCCACCAUUACCACCACCGCCACCGCCGCGGCCGCUAUCCUUAUAUAAUUAGAUUCGCCGUCGAUAAAAAAAUGUAAUAUCGGGACGAGAAGAGGGGGUUGGGAAUUGUAUUCAUCAUUGUUAACGGUAAGAAUUUUUUUUUUUUUUUAAUCUCGGGCAGUGAUUCGGCCGGGACGGGUCGGGUUCGGGGUCGAACCCGGGCCGACCCGGGAUCCGAGUGAGCCCGAGCCCGAUUGAAGAUUUUCUGUGUCUCCUCUGUUUUUGGUUAGGUUGAAAUUCAAGAGGUCUUCAAAUUUCUGUCUUAAAGAGGAGAAAAGAGUCAUGUUCUACCUUAUAGCCAAAUCUCAGUGUAAUGGAUUGUGGGUGUAGUGUUAGAGAGAGAGAGAGAGAGAGCUACGGUUCAUAUUUUUCUUUAUUUUAUGACCAAUAUCUCUAAAUUAAUAUUCUUUAUUUCCCCAUUUU